AUGCCUACUGUUAAUAAAUAUCUCGAGCUGCAACAAGCUGAACAUGCCACCGCCUCUGAGGGCGGCAACGCCCCUCAUCCUCUCCGGAAUUCCAGAGGCACCACUGUAGGUCGUGAACAAGCCCUUGCUGAGACCUCGUCUGCCAUCAUGAACAAAGUCGCCAUCCUGACCUCGUCGACGCACGAGCCCGGCGUGAAUAUCCGCCAACGGUCCGACCUCAUUGCUCUUUUCGGGCCCACCUUCGACCUCGCCAUCCGCUUCCAGAGGCUGAUUGCGGUGGCCUCGUCGCUGUUGUUCGUCUACGGCCACCUCCUUGCCACUUCGACACUCACGUCAACCGUAAUCGCAACAAGACUUUUUGCCACGCAUUCGACCCAUGUUUCCAAGGCGACCAUGCUGAUGCUCAUGAGAUCUAUGCGAAGCGCAUGGGAUUGCAAGAAAAUCCGGAGCAUGCGGAAAAAGCUCUUCAUGGAAUUUGCGACAACGAUAUUGGGUCCCGGUGGCAACAUGCUGAUCAUCAUGGUCUUCUGGCCCGGUUGGUGGUUGAUCCUUGGUCUUGUCCUCUCGGCCCGGAUGCUGGCGGGGUGA